GGGCCAGAGGUUCGAAUCCAUCCCGGAAAUACCCAAGAAAUUUUUUCUUUACCGGAAGCUGCAAGGGAAUUCAGUUUUCAAGGACUAGCCACUGGAUUACGAUCCUGAGUGGUGAUGGAAUACGUUCCGCUGGGAUUUUGGCUAGCUACUGGAUUACGAUCCUGAGUGGUGAUGGAAUACGUUCCGCCGAAAUCCGUCCAUAUGAUUACAGCUCGGGAUUGUUAAAUGAUUCAAAUCCUGGCGGACGUAUCCAUGGUUUCUGGGCAGGUAUUUUUGCAGAUGAAAAAGCGGAAUUUAAAAAGAAAGUAGUUGAUGCAAAAUCGGAUAAAUGCUUGAUCAUGAAUAAGAGGUCUCUUGAUGUCUUGAAAGAGACGGUAGUGGAACAUAAUGAAGCAUCAGUAAUAUUGGCUGACUUAGCUCGUGACGGACAGGAUGUCAGAAAAAGAAGAAAGCAGUAUCACCAGUUGGAUGGUAGUCCAAUGAUAUAUCCAUCGAAGGGGAAAAUCCAUUCAUUGAGGAGGAGAAAAAUAUCAUAA